AUGGUGAUCGAUGCCGAUGCCCGGUGGGUUUCCAGUCUAAACGGCCCUGGGCUGGCAGUUGUUCUAUCCUCCAGCAUCUUGGGAGGUGUGUCGUCGAUCAUUGUCAUCCUGAGGUUCUACCUCCGAUACAAGGAAAGGUCAUUUGGUUGGGACGACAGCUUGAUUGCCAUUGGCUUGGUCUUGUUCUUGGUCAAUGUUGCCCUCGCGUGCGUUGGCGCAUACCGUGGUAUCGGUACAAAUAACACAGAUCUCAACGCCUUCUUGAAAGUCCAGUCCAUCGGUUAUUUUGUAGUUGGAAUGAUGGUUUACUUUCAUGCUCUCCUAUUCAUAAAGUGUUCGGUUUGCACUACGCUGUACCGAAUCGCGAAUCCCAACAAAGUCUACCGAAUCGCGAUAUGGUCUCUAUUCGCCAUUGUCAUUGCAAACUACCUCACUACUUUUAUUGGCGUGUUGACCCUGUGUCAUCCAUUGUCAGGCAGACCAGGCGCAAAAACGUACCGGGAAGGCAGCUUUGUUUGCUCGGGCUUGGAUGCCAUGAUUGGAUUGUUAUACACAUCUACUGCCUGCUCCAUUGCAACCGACCUUGCUUGCGCAGUGCUGCCAGGCAUCGUAUUGUGGCGGACCGAGGCGAAAAUGAAGACCAAAAUCUGGGGCACCUUGUUGCUUUCUGUCAGUUCUUUGGCCUCGAUUACCACGGUUAUCCGAAUCCCAUACAUCAAAUGUUACUACAACCCAAGCGACAAUCUCGCUGCACAUGUUGCGAAUAUUGUCCUCUGGUCCAACGUCGAGUCAGCAGUCGGUAUUAUUGCUGGCUCAACCCCCUCAUUGCGCCGCUUCAUAUGGAAUAAAGUCAAGCAAUCUUCCGGGAAGAAACAACCGCCGCUGGCUCUUGUAACCUUGAGGACAUUACCACUUCCUCGCCGGAUACCACGGAGCCUGGCUGUCAUCACACCCAUUACGGAGAGAUGCCUUUCUGUCGCUACUUCACACGCACUUGGGGACAGCGACUGGAGGAGGCUCAAAGAUGAGUCUGACCACGAAGAGAGCGAUGGGGGCAUCAAGGCCGAGUACCCGUUUGUGGUUGAAUCGCCUCAUUCUCCAAGCUCGCCAUCCCUGAAGUCUGAAGUCUGA